AUGGAACGAGCAUGCAGCAAUGAUAGUCAACCAAAUGGUCUCAGCAAAAGUCUCACAUUUCCAAGAAACAGAUUGAAUUGUAUCAAUAUCACUGCGGGAGUUGUCGUUCUCUCUUUUUUCUCUGCAAUCAAGGUUAUCUCCAGCUCCUCUCUGUUUCUUUCCUUCAUUCUCUCUAAGUGGAGGAAAGCCAAAAGGUGUGUUCUUUGCUUCACAAUUCAUGCAGCUUUCAUCUUCUUGAAUUUGUCCUUACACAAUUUGAUUCUGUGUUUAGAUUAA